AUGUCACAUCUGGUGAAACAUACAUCAGGAGACCUGCUAGUCAGAGACAUGGACUCAAUACCUCUGUCAAAAGGUAAGAAUAUAAAAACUCAACUACCCUCGAGCAAGAUGAGUCGACAGGAACUAGAAGAUAGUCUCUUUCGACUUCAUGAAGAUCACAUCUUGUUGAAGGAGCUCUUUUGGAAGCAAAAGGAUGAGAUCAAAAGGCUGAGGACGACCUUACUCCGAUUGACCGAUGCAGGUCGAGACCGGCGGCCGGUGGCGCAGUUCUCAGAGCCCGCAAGGCGGCGGCGGAAAGCGGAGUGGCGGCAGCGCUUCCCCACGCAUCAGGGCCCAGCCGUGAAUCAGCGCCCCGCCAUGCACCAGUUGCAAGCGCAGUUUCAGCGCGUCAGUCUGUCUGCUCCGGGUGGUGCCCAGGCUCGCAGCCACGUGGGACGCAGACGACUCCACACCGCAGGUGGAAGGGUGCCGGAGAAAUCUCAGAAGGGGUCAAGAGACAGGCUGAGCUAUACAGCCCCUCCCACAUUCAAGGAGCAGGUGACAAAUGAAAAAAACAGAGAUGAAAUAACCAGUGAGCCCAGCGAACUUGCACACAUUGUGGCCAACAAUACUAUGCAAGUGGAAGAACCACCCACAUCUCCUGAGAAAAUAUGGUCCCAAGAUGAAAAUUUUGAACAGAGAAGUUCAUUGGAGUGUGCUCAGAAGGCUGCAGAGCUGCGCGCUUCCAUUAAGGAGAAUGUGGAGCUGAUUCGACUCAAGAAGCUCUUACAUGAAAGGAACACUUCACUGGCAGUGACAAAAGCGCAAUUAACUGAAGUUCAAGAGGCAUAUGAAACCUUGCUCCAGAAGAAUCAGGGAAUCCUGAGUGCAGCCCAUGAUGCCCUACUCAGCCAAGUGAACGAGCUCAGAGAAGAACUGAAGGAGGAAAGCAAGAAAGCUGUGAGCUUGAAGAGCCAAAUGGAAGAUGUGUCUAUCUUGCAGACAACUCUGAAGGAGUUUCAGGAGAGAGUUGAAGAUUUGGAGAAAGAACGGGAAUUGCUGAAUGACAAUUAUGACAAACUCUUAGAAAACAUGCUGGACAGCAGUAGUCAGCCUCACUGGAGCAAUGAGCUCAUGGGGGAACAGCUGAGGCAGCAGGUAUCUCAGUUGCAGGAUCAGCUGGAUGCUGAGCUGGAGGAGAAGACAAAGGUCUUAGAUCAGCUGUCCAGAGAGAAAGCUGAAAACAAGGAUUUGAAGAUUGAAGUUAUCGACAUCCUUCAGAAGCAGGAACAGGAAGUAGAGAUCCUCCAACAGACAGCCACAGCACCCCAGUCUCCUGACAGGCAAUCUGAACCUGCCACCCACCCAGAUCUUAUUCUAGAGACAGCUCAGAUAGAGCUAGAGACACAUGGGGAACCAGAAAUUCAAGAAAAGAAACUGUCCCAGAUGCUAAGCGAAUUGCAAGUAUUACAUGCAGAGACCACACUGGAACUAGAAAAGACCAGAGACAUGCUCCUUCUGCAGCGCAAAAUCAACAGGUGUUAUCAGGAGGAACUGGAAGCAAAUACAAAAGCUGACAACGAAAGUAGAGAUCACAAAGAAAGCUGGAGAGGGCUGAGUCAGCUCAUAGACCUCAAGAACAACCGUAUCAGGCAGCUGGAAGGUAUUUUAAGAAGCCAUGGCCUUCCAACAUCUGAACAACUCAAAGGUGCUUAUGGCACUCGACAGUUGUCAUUGUUCUGGACACGACUGCCAGCCCAUGGAGAGAAUGAAGUGGACAUUUCUCUGCUGCGUUGGGAGGAAAAUCUUUUUGAACUUCACAUCCACCAGGCCUUCUUGACACCUGCUGCUCUGGCUCAGGCUGGAGACAUCCAGCCUACCACUUUCUGCACUUAUUCCUCUAUGAUUUGAAACCACUGUACCCCAUUAUCUGUGGGGUCACAACCCCUUUAUGACUUUAUCCAAUAUGUGGUGGAGAUAGGUUCCCUUUUCUUGCACUACCUUCAAGGGGCUUCAGCCUGGUUGAUCUACAUCAAGCUAUGGCAAUGAGCACCAUACUCUUUGCGACUGGGACAUAUUUGCUUUGACAAAGUGCUGGAGACUGUGGAGAAAGUCCAUGGCUCAGCUAUGCUUACUGGAGCUGCUGGAGAAGACUUCGGGGUGCUAAAGUACUGGAUGAGGCUGCGCUUGCCACUAAGAUCCAACCUAUGGGCAUGCAAUAAACAAAAGAAAGCCCAGGCCUUGUCAGCCAAUGUGCUUGAUGCCUGGAAGGCCCAGGAGGAUGAGGUGAGAAAAAAGAUGUGGGAAAUCCAGAAUGAGCUGCGGAUCGAAAUCACCAGGUGCUGUGGUCUCCGGAGUCGAAGGCUGGGAACUCAACCCAGUCCCUAUGCCAUGUACCGCUUCUUCACCUUUUCUGACCAUGACACUGCCAUCAUUCCAGCCAGUAAUGAUCCCUACUUUAGAGACCAGGCUCGAUUCCCAGUACUUGUGACCUCUGACCUGGAUGAAUAUCUGAGGCGGGAGGCCCUGUCCAUAUAUGUUUUUGAUGAUGAAGACUCAGAGCCUGGCUCCUACAUUGGCAGAGUCCAAGUGCCCUUGCUGUCUCUUGCACAGAACAAAUCUAUUAAAGGUGAUUUUAUCCUCACUGACCCUGCAGAGAAACCCAAUGGAUCUAUUCAAGUACAGCUGGACUGGAAGAAUUGCUUUGUACCGCCUGAGAGCUUCCUCAAACUAGAAGCUGAGACUGAGGAAAAUGACUCUAAGGAAAGUUUAGGGAUCUCUUCUGCAGAGGAAAAGGCUUCUUUUCCUCCCUAGGACCAGAUGGUAGCUUCUGAGAUUCUUGAAGCCGACCAGUAUCAAGCAAAGAGAAAACUUCCUCAGAUGGGAGAAAGAAAAGAAAAGGAACACCAGGUUGCAAGCUACUCAAGAAGAAAACAUGGCAAAAAAAUAGGUGUCCAAGGAAAGAACAGAAUGGAGUAUCUUAGUCGUAACAUCUUAAAUGGAAAUACACUACAACAGGUGAACUAUACUGAGUGGAAGUUCUCAGGGCUUAACAUCUCCAAAGAUGAUGGUCUUAAAACUCAGACCAAUGAAGAGGAAAUGACAUUACAAUCAGCACUGAAAGAAGAGGAAUUCCCACAUCCUAUCAAUGAUCAAGAAUCCUGUGAACAAGCUUCUGAAAUCAGCGAAGCACAAACUACAGACAGUGAUGACAUCAUAGUGACACCCAUAUCUCAGAAAUGCCCUAAGACAGAUUCAGAGAAGAUGUGCAUUGAAAUAGUCUCACUGACCUUCUACCCAGAGGCUGAAGUGAUGUCUGAUGAGAACAUAAAGCAGGUGUAUGUGGAGUAUAGAUUCUACGAUCUACCCUUGUCUGAGACAGAGACUCCAGUGUCCCUGAGGAAACCGAGGGAAGGAGAAGAAAUCCACUUCCACUUUAGCAAGGUGAUAGACCUGGACCCACUAGAACAACAAGGCCGAAGGCAAUUUCUCUUUGCCAUGCUGAAUGCACAGGAUCCUGAGCAAAGACAUUUAAAGUUUACAGUGGUGAGUGAUCCCAUGGAUGAAGAAAAGAAAGAAUGUGAAGAAGUAGGGUAUGCAUACCUUGGACUGUGGCAGAUCCUUGAAUCAGGAAGAGAUAUUCUAGAGCAAGAGUUAGAUAUUGUUAGCCCCGAAGACCAGACAAUUCCAAUAGGAAGGCUGAAGGUUUCUCUUCAAGCAGCUGCUGCCCUCCAUGGUAUUUACAAGGAGAUGACUGAAGAUUUGUUUUCAUGAAGGAACAAAUGCUUUUCCAUUCUAAAA